UCUAGAUCUAAGUUUGGCCUACAAUGUGAGUAACAAAGCUAACAUGGCCAAGUUCAAUGGCUUAAUUAAAUUAAUGUAGAUCUAAUUACGGCUGAAAAAAAUAUCUGGACCAGAGUGAAAUUAUGGACAUGCUACUCGAUUCAACCAAUAUGAACUGUAUGGCUGCUAACAGUUAGCAUUUCAAGUAAUGGGCAACAAAGAGGUGUUGAUCUGCAGCUUUUCUGCUGUAUUAUUUUGUAUUGUUUUGAAAAAUCUUAAUCCACUGGAAAAGCAUCAGGCAGAGCUUGCAGUGUGCAUUGUCUCCAAGAGAGAAAAUUUUGAGCAUCGUAAAGCUAUUCGAAAGUCCUGGCUCAGUUAUGUUGGGCAAAGUGGGAAGAACGUUGUUGCUAAGUUUGUGGUAGGAAAGCUGCCAUGCCCAGUCCAUCCUCAGAACAAGAUAGACCCUCAUAGUUGUGACAGAUGGGAACCCAAAGUUCCAGAAAAUUCCUUAAUUUCUCUUUUUAAUUUAACUAAGGGAAACAAUCCAAAAAAAUGUAGAGUUGUUACAUAUUUUCAUAUACAAGUUAUGCAUAAUAUUAUGUUAAAUAGAAUAGGGCUAGCAGAAGUUUUCCCAUUGCAACAUCUUUAUUCAAAUGAAACUGUGGAAGUAAUUCUUUACGAUGCUGUUUCUGAUGAAGAAAUAGCUAUAGCUCAUUUCAGUAAAAAGAUAAAUGGAGCUAUAUCUGAUGGAUUCAUUUAUAAGUCAUCAUUUAAAAUUCUUUUGCCAAAAGGAUAUGAAUUUACACUAGAAGUCAAACUCCCUGAACGGUUCAAAUUGCAAGAAUGGGUAGAUUUAGAUAAGGAGUUACAGAUGUAUGAUGGGAAAGAAAGUCAUAAUAAUAUACUCAAUAUUAAAUAUCUUGACCAGGAUGGGACUGUAUUAAGUCAUAGGGUAACUCUUCUUCCUUUAGCCUCAUUAAUGUUUGUUGUUCAUAAUAUACCUAUAUUGAAAGAACAUAUACAGACGGCAGCAGAGCGGGAUGCUGCUUAUCUUCAAGAGGCAAAUGUGAUAAGUUCAAAAUUACUAAAAGAGCAAUCACAUCACCAAGACAUGAUUCUGGUGGAUAUAGUUGAUACAUACAGAAGUCUCCCUGAUAAGAUCUUGUUAUGUCAUGAAUGGUUUCACAAUUACUACAGUAUAAAAGAUGUGUUAAAAACGGAUGAUGAUUGUUAUGUGGACUUGGAGAAAAUUCUAGCAGCGAAGAAAGAAGUGGGCAGUGAUCAAAUGAUGUGGUGGGGGAAUUUCCGAACAAACUGGGUUGUGGAGAGACAUGGGAAAUGGCGUGAGUUAACAUACUCUGGGAGUGUCUACCCCAGGUUCGCUUGCGGGUCGGGGUAUGUGGUUUCUCAUAACAUCCACUCGUGGUUGGUGAGUAAUAAAAAUUCGCUACAACGGUUUCAAGGGGAGGAUGUGUCUGUUGGUAUUUGGUUAUCUGGUUUGAGGAUUCAUCAUGUGCAGGAUGAUAGCUGGCAGUGUGGGAAGACAUGUCAGAAGGGGCUCCUGUCUCUGCCAGAACUGACACCAGAGUCCAUUCAGUGGCACUGGAACAACAGUAAGGUGUGUCACAACCCCUGUGAAUCUUGUUGACUGACAGUCAUUUGGAUUGAUUUUGUUGACGCAGUCAGCCUGUUUAUUUUUUUUAUUGACAGGCUGAACUUCCAACGCCAUGCAGUGGGUUAAACAAGACUUAGUUUUGUUUUCAUUGUUGGAAAGUGUGGUUGAGUGCUUAAAUACUAACCUAAUAGUUUCAAGUUCAAAUCUCAGCCAAGAUUUGAGUCUUUAGGUAUGCCUCUGAGUCUACCUUUCACUUUAGGUAAUGUAAAGGUGGCUGACCACACCAUCCCUUCAUAUGCGGAAGUCAAGAAACAUAUGAGCUCUACUGCAUCUACUCUUUGGAUCAUUAAGUUUGAAAGAGGAACUUUACUCUUAUUGUGAUCAUUGAUUUUGCUGGCAGCAUUGAACUACAGCACAAAAAGGAGUCAGCUGGAUCUCAGAUAAAAUUUAUCUCAUAUAUUUAGUACUUUUUAUAUUUUUAGCAAUAAAUAACCUGCUUUUAUAUGAUCACCAAUUAUUUUUUUUUAAGUCCAGUGAUAAGCUGGACAGUGGGGUUCCAUUAAGUUCACCCAGCUCUGAUGGUCCCAGAUGUACCAUUCACACUUUUAUUUGCUGUUACUAUUAUUGUUGAAAGUUAUUUGAAACUUUCUAUUGCCCUAUUUACUGUCUUGUCUCAAAAGAUAUUUUAAUCACAUAGAUUGGUAUUUUUAAAAAUUAUUUUUUUAUUGUCCUAUUGGAGUCACUUUUAUUUAGAACACAUUUUAUGAUAAAGUAUAACUUUUUGUAUAUGUAGGCAUACAGGUACUAUCAAUGUGCAUUAUGAACUAUGAACACACUAAUAUACACUUUUUGUGUAAAUCUGAGAUUGUUCUAAUUUGUGAUUAAUUAAAGUCAGACCUGACAAUACAAAACAA